CUGCUCACUACUUCAUUCAAACCCUGAAAGGCCAAACAAUAAAUUUUGCUUCGCCUCAAUUCCCUCCCAACUGAGAGUCGCAACUUUCCCGGAAUUGACUCCAGUGGAUCAUGGCUGGGUAUAGCAGUCACAGCAGUACUUUGUUUUUGUUGCUGCUGGUGGUGGUGUCGGGUUGGGGGGGUUUGAGCAAGUGUGAGGCGUUUGGGACCUUUGGAUUUGAUGUUCAUCAUCGGUUCUCGGAUCCGGUUAAGGGAAUCCUGGCCGUUGAUGAGCUGCCGGAAAAGGGAAGUGUCAACUAUUACGCCGUCAUGGCCCACCGCGAUCGCUUGAUCAGGGGCCGUCGACUCGCCUCCCUCGAGCAACAGACACCGCUCACGGCACUCACUUUCUUAAACGGCAACGACACUUACCGAAUCGAAGUUCUCGGAUUUCUGCAUUAUGCCAAUGUUUCGGUGGGGACGCCAGCUUUAUCGUUUCUAGUAGCAUUAGACACCGGCAGUGAUUUAUUCUGGUUACCAUGUGAUUGUACUAGUUGUGUGCACGGCUUGAAGUCAUCAACUGGACAGAUAGACUUCAAUAUAUAUAGCACCAAUACAUCAUCAACAGCCUCAAAGGUUCCCUGUAACAAUACUUUGUGUGCACGACAAACCCAAUGUCCUUCACCCAAUAGUAAUUGUCCCUAUCAAGUUCGAUAUCUCUCUAAUGGCACCUCAUCUACUGGGAUCUUGGUGGAGGAUUUAUUACAUUUAACUUCAGAAGAUAAACAAUCAAAAGCUGUCAAUGCCCCGAUUACAUUUGGUUGUGGUCAGGUUCAGACAGGUUCAUUCUUGGAUGGUGCAGCUCCCAAUGGUCUUUUUGGCCUUGGGAUGGCUGAUAUCUCUGUUCCUAGCAUGUUAUCAAAAGCAGGGCUUGCCUCAAAUUCUUUUUCAAUGUGUUUUGGACAUGAUGGAAUUGGGAGGAUUAGUUUCGGAGAUAAAGGCAGCGCUAACCAAAGUGAAACACCAUUCAAUCUUAGGCAAACACAUCCCGCAUAUAACGUCAGCAUCAGUCAGAUCAGUGUGGGGGGGAAUGUUGCUGAUCUUGAAUUCAGUGCAAUCUUUGACUCUGGCACCUCAUUUACGUACUUGAAUGACCCAGCUUAUACGCUAAUUUCUGAGAGUUUUAAUACCUUGGCUUUGGAGGAGAGGCAUUCAUCUGAUUCUGGUCUUCCUUUCGAGUACUGUUACGAUUUGAGUCCAAAUAAUAAAAGCUUCAAAUAUCCUAUAGUGAGUCUGACAAUGAAAGGUGGAGAAAAGUUCCUUGUCAAUGAUCCAGUACUAGUAAUAUCUAUGGAUAGUGGAGAUAUAUAUUGUUUGGGUGUUGUCAAAAGUGAAGACGUGAAUAUCAUUGGACAAAACUUCAUGACUGGUUAUCGAAUUGUCUUCGACCGCGAGAAGAUGGUGCUGGGUUGGAAGGCAUCUGAUUGUUUUUCUCGUGAUGAGUUUAACAGCUUACCAGUCAGCCCACCAAAGUCCAAGGCAUUUCCCCCGGCCAUUUCUGUCAAUCCAGAAGCCACAGCCAUACCCACCCCCGGGAAUGGCUCACCUCAGUUGAACCCCUUGACAUUGGCACUCGUUAUCUUUCUUUUUCCAGUUUUAAUCUUUUCCUGAUAGCGCUUUUUUCUCUUUUCUUUGUUCUUUUUUUCUUUCUAAAUACGAACCUUCAUCAUCAAUCUCUGUAGUCCUUACCACAUAUUAUCAGUAGGCAUUUGUUUAGGGUAAAAUUACAGGAAGCUCAGGUGAGUUCCAUUUAUUUUUGGCGUAUUUUCAUCUUCCAUCAUUUGAGCAUUGGGUUGUAAAUAUUUUAUUGUUGAACCACAUACAAACAAUGAUAGAGCAUUUUUAAAUGACUGAGUUUAAAUUUUA